AUGACUGACGGUAUUCAUGCAGAAACCCAUAUCGUUGAGAUGCGGAUCAAAGUAAAGAACGGGUGUCCAAACAUUGAAGAGCUACUCACUGGCAUUUUAAGCGACUUUGUAUGGAAACUGGAUUAUGCUUACUUUUCCAGCAAAUUGGAUAAUUUCCAAAAAAUGUCUUUAGUACAUGCCAAAACUAUUUUUCAGAGAAUUAUGGAUGGAAUAGAAAGAUCAGAUGAUAAUGAAAGCUUUGAAAAUAUAAUUUUGGAAACAAAGAGUGCCCUAAAAAAGUUUAUUUCUGUCCACAACAGUGAUGCUCAAAAGUCGUCAAUAAUCAUAGUUCGACAAUUUCUUAAUUUCUUGGAUCGUAUGAAAAAGAAAUACUGCGUUCAAAAAUGGCGAGUAGAUUGGAAAGGACAUACUGUGAUUUUUGUUGAAUUCAAUAAUCUUUUUGAUUUCGAAACGUGUUUAGAAUCAGGAUCAUUAAAAAAAGAAGCAAAAGAUACAUUUGAGAGUAUUUUUAGUCAUUUUAACGACGUUCGGCUUCAUGCACCAUAUGUAGAGAUACGGAGGAUUCAAUUGGAUAAUAAAUGAAAUAACGUUUAUUAAAGUACUGAAGUACUAACGGGAGUUGAUUCUAUCGAUUAUCAUUUAUUUUAAAAUCAACUUAUCUUGCAUGGCAAUUAGUUUCUAGUCUGUAUUUGAAUUACGCACUUUUUAAUAAUAUGGAUUUUUAGACUUUUCUGACAAAUUUUUUGAGAAACCCCAUAUGAAUGAUGUUUAAUAUAUUUAAUGAUGGAUUUUAAACUAUGUAUAAGUAAUGGAAACAAUUGUAAACAUUGUAUGUAUCCACGCACUAUUGAUAUCGAACUCUUGUCUCGUUCAACCAGACGUUCGACUGUCUCCGUUCAUCUCCGACAAGCAAGUGAGCCUUUCUGCUUGUCGGAGAUUUACGGAGACAGCCGAGCAUUUGGUUGAACGAGACUUUAUUAAACUCUGGCGUAGGAAUACAUGAGACUACAAAAAUAGCUUCAGCAUACAUUACAUCGAAUUUUUCUAUUAUUUUUGAAGAAAUAAAUCUUGUCAGCGGUGGUAAUUUGUGCUUAGGUCCAAACACUGUUUCACUUUCGGUUUGCCAAAGUAACUGCAUAGGAGAGCUGACUAAAAUCAACUCCCAAAAACUUGUAUUCCAGUUUAAAUGCGCUGAAAGUUCUUUGACGCAUAAAUGUGUAAAGUAUUUUUUUUUACGUUUGUAUAACUAGAAAAA